AUGACAAAACACGUCUCUGUAGCUCGGAUUUUCACAUUGCUAUGCGUGAUAAACUUGGCGGUAGCAAUCAUUGAAGAGGCUUGUCAAGACUGUCGACAUUUGGUUUUUAUCCACAACACCGCCAUUUCUAUCGUCAAAGACGAAAGGGGAAGUGUUAGUGGAAUGGAUCUGAGACCGUGGGAAGAGGUAAGUGGAACUUUGGAAAGAUGCCUGAAGUAGGAUACUGCGACUUCCCUAGAAUUCGGUGAGCCUGCUAUUUACGCCACAUUAUAACGCCUCAAAAUCUUAAUCUAUGCCUCGCGUUUUUUGCGAUAGAGGCACUAGAGAAGGUGGAGGAACGAUUUUUACUAUCGUUAGCUAGUAAAAAUCGGGGUCCUCAGCUUGCGUUAAGAUUAUAAGAAUAUGAAUAUGCGAGGAACUAAAUCGGCGAAACAAGAUCGAUGAGUUGAGUUCUUCUCGUUCAUAUUGCCCUGUAGGCAAUAUGAAAGAGCCACUGUUUGGUAGGGAGCCACCCAUAAACUUUUUGGCCAUGUCAACCCAAUCUUGUCUCGACCCCAAAUCAGUCGCCCAAGAACCAGUACCGAACGUACUGUUUUUAUUUUUGCUUAUGGAUUUAUGGAUCUUGCACGUCAAACUGAGGAGUCCGGUGACCGGAAUAGACAAUUCGCUAUCGGUUUUUUACACUUUUCCAUGAUUUCACAGAGAAGACAGAGAAAAGACGCGCAAAAACGUACUCUCUCGUCUCAAAACUUCCCCAUUUCUCCCCCGACAAAAAGAGUUUUCGCGUCUUUUUUGGGGAAUUGGCAAUCCAUUCACCGGACCGGACCGUUUUAGCUUACCUCAAUUUGACGUGCCUUGGGCUGCACUAGAAGACCGCUCUGACUUUUUGCUGCGGAAAAUUUCAACUCAUACUUUCAGCGUUUGGAGGCUUGUGAUCGUCACUUGAAGGAGUGCCCAAAGAUUAGGAACCUGAUCGACGGCUUUAAAGACAGCCAACAGCAUUUAGACUUCAUCUACUACAAGAUCUACUGUGCGACUGAUUGCAAUAUUACAUAA